CACUCACUGAGAUGAAUCCGGCGGCUCUUCCGUCCCUCGGACACAUCAAGUCCAUUUCUCUAACUGGGCGAAGACGUUGCCAAACCCAACUGCAACCAGUAUCUGGAAGGAGGAUUGUAAACAAAAUAAAGUCCCACCAUGCUUGGAUCCAGAAACUAUGAGUGACGGUCCGGCGUGUUGCCCUGCUGCUGAGGCGCUCUGGCGGAUGGGAAGUUGUGAGUCAGAGGCGGAGGACCAGCAACUUUUAUAGACUUUGAAGUCCCCUGCCUGCAAGUAGCCAGCAGCCCCAAUUUAGACUUUUUUUACUCAGGGAUUGUGCGUCGGGACAGUUGUUACAUUAGACCAGUAUUUUUAGGUUAUGCGUUGUGGAGGACGUCUUGAAGCGACACGGAAAUGGCAUUUCUGUUUUUUGUGGUUGACAAUGGAGAAUAAAUGAAAGGGACAUUUCAGGGGAUUAACUGACAGCACAACGACAGGCCUCUCAGAUGGAGAUGGAGGGUAUUACUGGACAACAUCCCUCUGAAAGUACAUGAAGAUUACCGAGCUGAGCACAUUAAGACAGACCACACAAACAGCAUUACUCACCUCCCAGGUAGCAGGAUGACAGCAAGUGGGAGAGAGGGAGACAGAAAGAAAUGCGGGAGAGGGACCUACAGAGCAUGUGCAGAAGGGUGCUGCUGCUGACCGUCUGUAUGGUGUCUCUCUGGGGACAACUGACCAGCGCAUCGUCACACAGAAGCCACAUAGUUCAUGUGAAAGCAGGAACCUGUGAGGUAAUUGCUGCACACCGAUGCUGCAACAAGAACAAGAUUGAAGAGAGAUCCCAGACUGUCAAAUGCUCCUGCUUCCCUGGACAGGUGGCAGGAACAACAAGAGCAGCUCCAUCUUGUGUAGACGCAUCCAUAGUUGCACAGAAAUGGUGGUGCCAGAUGCAUCCCUGCAUGGACGGGGAAGAGUGUAAAGUGCUGCCAGAUCUCAAAGGAUGGAGCUGCAGUACAGGAAACAAAGUUAAGACAACCAAGGUCACACGAUAGUCGUCUGUUUCCAGGAUAACCUUGCUUGGAACCAGACGUUGUUUGUUUGACCAACACUGUAGGACAUUUGGAUACCAUGUGUUUUAAGGACCGGUGGAAACCAGGGACCAACAAGGAUAAAUAAUAAUCACGGACAUUCCACUGAACGAAUGGAAGAAAAGGACCACGGAGCAUUAUAAGACUACAUAUCCAAAAAGAGUCCUGACUUUAGAUCCAGUAUCAACAGUAGCUGUCUCUGACCUCUACUGCCCACCAAAUCUCUCUUUGUAUUAUAGUUUUAUUCCUAUGAACUAGAAGACUCAACCAUGAAGAUAUUUAUUGACUAAAAGACUGUGGAUUACACCAGAAAAAUAUCACCCAUAAAGCAAAACCAUGUGAUGUGAAACAUUUGUGUUAUUUUGCCACAAAGAUCCCCAGGACUCUUGGAUGCAUAUCUGUGUUGAAGAUCUAGUGAGAUCAUAAGCAUUUUCAUUACUUUUAGCCUUAUGCAGCAGAUAUAUCUUCUCUUUUUUUGUUCAUUUGAAACUAUCAAGUGUUUGGCUUUCUUAAGUUUGUUAGGAUGUCAAGUCUCCUUUUUUAAAGACAAAAGACGAUGCCACAACAAUAAAACCCAGAAAAAAAUGUAAUGAUGUUUGACUACAAGUCACCAAGAGUCAACACAGCUGAGUUCUGCCAAAAUGUUUUAAUGGUAUCUGUUGUUUUCAAAGCCUGGUGACUACCAUUGAUUACAAAUGUCAAUAUUAUCUUAAUAAAUCUAACUCAAUGGAUA